CUGGGCCAUCGUGAACAACCCCGACGUGCGGGCGGCCACCCCCGUGGCUGCCGCCUUCGCCAACGACUUCUGGGGCAAGCGGAUGGCCGAGAACACCAGCCACAAGUCCUACCGCCCCCUCUGCGUCCUCACCUUCAAAUUAAACAUAUUGCUGGCUGGUAUGAACCCCUUUUAUUUCCACGCAGUGAAUGUAAUUUUACACUGUCUAGUGACUCUUGUGCUGAUGUACACUUGUGACAAAGCUGUGUUCAAGGACUGUCGACUUGCUUUUGUCACGGCGCUGUUCUUUGCUGUGCAUCCCAUUCACACCGAGGCUGUAACAGGUAUAGUAGGCAGAGCCGAUGUUCUAGCCUGCCUACUCUUUCUGUUGGCUUUUCUCUCCUAUAAUAGGAGUGUGGAUCAGCUUUAUGUUGGGGAACAUUUCCCUCCCACUGCCUCCCCAUUCUUUUUGCUGCUUAGUUUAUUCCUUGGGACAUGUGCAAUGCUGGUGAAAGAAACUGGAGUCACUGUGUUUGGUGUGUGCUUGGUUUAUGACUUCUUUUCCCUCUCCUGCAAUGGACUCAAGCUGAGAAACGGGGGGAUCCACCACAGACCUGUGCAGCAAUCAGCAGCUUCUCCCUCUGCCUCACUGCCGGUCCCCCCAGCUGGUCGGGAGAACGGGAAGCAUCGCUUUGCUCACCGGGGCACCUGGAGCUCCUGCCACCCGGCAUCACCUGAGGAGCAGCGGAGCAGUGGCCUUUCUGUGCCCAGCAAAGCCAUGUGGGCCAUUCGGAGGCUUCUGACUUACUCCUACCUUCUGGCCUUCAAUGCGUGGCUUCUGCUGGCACCCAUCACCCUGUGCUACGACUGGCAGGUCGGCAGCAUCCCUUUGAUCGAGUCAAUCUGGGAUGCAAGGAACUUAGCUACCGUGUUCUUGGUACUGGUGAUGACCUUACUCAGCCUACAUUGCAUAGCUGCAUUCAAGAAACUGGAACACAAAGAAGUUUUGGUUGGCUUGUUGUUCCUGGUUUUCCCAUUCAUCCCAGCCAGCAACCUCUUCUUCAGGGUGGGAUUUGUGGUGGCAGAGCGAGUCCUUUACAUGCCGAGUAUGGGGUACUGCAUCCUCUUUGUCCACGGUCUAAGAAAGCUGUCUACAUGGUUAAAUAAAUGGAGAAUUACUAUUCUGACCCUCUUUGCUUUACUGCUGCUGCUCUUCUCUUGGAAGACCGUGAAACAGAACGAAAUCUGGCUGUCACGAGAAUCCCUUUUCAGCUCAGGAGUGAAGACCUUGCCCCACAACGCCAAGGUGCACUACAACUAUGCCAAUUUCCUCAAGGACCAGGGCCGUAACGUUGAGGCGAUCUACCACUACAAAACUGCUCUCAAACUGUACCCUCGUCACGCAAGUGCUCUCAACAACUUGGGGACAUUGACCAAAGAUGUGGUGGAGGCAAAAGAGUACUAUAGACGGGCCCUUCAGUUAAACCCUCAGCACAAUCGAGCUCUCUUUAAUCUCGGCAACCUGCUCAAGUCCCAAGGGAAGAAGGAGGAAGCUGUGAUCUUACUGCGGGACUCCAUUAAGUAUGGCCCAGAGUUUGCAGAUGCUUACUCAAGCCUGGCCUCGCUGCUAGCCGAACAGGAACGGCUUAAGGAAGCAGAAGAGGUCUAUAAGGCUGGAAUAGAGAAUUGUCCAGAGAGCUCCGAUCUGCAUAACAACUAUGGUGUUUUCUUGGUUGAUACUGGGGCUCCUGAGCGAGCUGUGUCCCACUACAAGCAGGCCAUCCACCUGAGCCCCACUCACCAUGUGGCUAUGGUCAACCUGGGCAGGCUUCACCGCUCCCUGGGGCAGAACAAAGAGGCUGAAGUGUGGUAUAAGCGGGCACUGAAGGUAUCCCGGAAGGCUGAAAUCCUGUCCCCGCUGGGGGCUCUGUAUUACAACACAGGGAGGUAUGAAGAAGCAUUGCAGGUUUACAGAGAAGCAGGAUCACUGCAGCCUUCAAACAAAGAGAUCCGAUUGGCACUGGCUCAGGUUUUAGCAAUGAUGGGGCGGACAAAGGAAGCUGAAAAGAUGACAAACCAUAUACUCAAUGAGGAUGUGAAGUGUCUGGAGUGCUACCGCCUUCUUUCGGCCAUCUACAGCAAGCAGGAGCACUAUACUAAGGCACUUGAAGCUAUAGAAAAAGCUCUUCAGCUAAAACCAAAGGAUCCAAAAGUCAUAUCAGAGCUCUUUUUCACUAAAGGAAACCAGCUAAGAGAACAGAAUCUCCUUGACAAGGCUUUUGAGAGCUAUAAACAGGCUGUGGAGCUCAACCCAGACCAAGCGCAGGCCUGGAUGAAUAUGGGAGGCAUUGAGCACAUCAAGGGGAGCUACAUCACUGCCCGUGGCUACUAUGAGAAAGCCUUGCAGCUGGUUCCAAACAGCAAGUUGCUGAAGGAGAAUCUGGCCAAACUGGAUCGCUUGGAGAAACGGUUUCAGGAAGUCCAGGAGAAAGACCAAACAUAGCAUUCAGUCACCAGUGGAAGGAAACUCAUGCCCCUUGGAGAAGAGUAUGGUGGAAGCCUAUUCUUGAAGUGAUGCUGAAGGAACUUUGAUAGGACUCAGACUUACAGAAGGCAGAUUUUGAAUGCAUGCUUAUGUUUGACCAAAGUUACAGGAGAUAGUUGGCUCCUGUGGGACAUGCUGGAGAAUGAAUGAAAACCUUCCUUUAAUCAAGAUUUUUGUUUAGGCUGGACCCAUUUGAAGCCCACUGGGAGUGUGGGUGGGACAUGUACCUUCAAUAUCUUGGUUAUCACUGGGGAAACCAUGGAGACAAAGCACUCAUCCAUUGCAGCAGGGGUGAAGUAGCACCUCUUGUUACUCAACAUACACUCAUGUUUUUCACAUAAAGUACCACUAAUGGGCUUCAUUGCAAGUGCUGCCAGGUCCUUUUGAGCCAGGAAAAAUGGUCAUAAUGGUCACAUAAAAAGGUUUCAAGGGGUUAAUGCUGAGGAAGUGGUGGCCACUUGUACAGCUCUAAAUGUGACUUGAAAAUUACUCUACAGGAAGGGAAAACAGUAUCUAAAUACCACCCUAGAAGGAUGAUUCUACCAGUAGGACAAAUGAACAUUUGAGGGAAAACCUCACCUGAAUGUGUUACUCACAAGAUAGUCAUGUUGUACUAAUUCAGGUUUGACAAUGUUGUCAAAUAUAUGGCUUUACCCUUUUCCCUCUCCCUCCAGGCCAAAUAAUUAUUACUCUGAAAAAGAAAAUAGAAGCAUCCAAAGGCAAUAGGAAGCUCUAGGAUUACUUGUCCUCCUGUCCAGUCCCCAAUAAAAAAACCCAACCAAUCUGAUCCAUAUAGGAGGUAAAGUAAAGCCAUGGAGAAUGAGGAGAGAUUUUCUAGGCCUGGAAAGGUUCUAGGGAGGCUUUUUUUAUGGGUAUGCAGGGACAAAGCCCAUUUAUCAUGGUGAUAACACUGGCAAAAUACUCUGUCUAAGUGUUCUCACCCCUUCCCCAGAAAGAUAAUGACCUAUAGCUGAUCAGUCAUAAAUCUAUAUUUUUGAAUACUGAAGUGGGAGAACAAAAUCUCUUCAGAAUUGGGGCUUUUAUUUUUGAGCUUUAUUUAUUUAACUUAUAAUAAUCAAAUAAUUAAUAUAUUUUCUCUUUUUAUAUGGAUUGGGCAGGAUCCUUCCCAGCUGGCCACAUGGCUGGGUGUUGUGACUUGCAUUGUCUGAAGCUGGAAAAAUGCAAUACCAUCAAGGUGUGCUUGAAUAAUUCCCUCUAAUGUUUCUAAAGCAAAUGACUGCAGAGCACAUUGGACCAUACUGUCACUGCAACAGCAGUGCUUCUGCUGCUUCCACCAGGGUUUGUGGCCAGUUCCUAUGAAAGAGCAUACCAGGGUUUGACACUUAGUAAAAGACAGUUCAGAUUAGGCAUGUGAUUCCUUGAUACACACCCGUCAGGAAAAGCCUGUGUGCCAGUGACCCACAUGGCACCUGGCUUUAGUUACUGCUGGCCAUGGCACCUCAGCAAGCACCAGAUUUGCUCAGUGUGAUGGGAUAGCCAUGUGCUGGUGGCUCCCUUGGCUUCAUUUAGAAAGCUCUGUGUCUAGCCAGUACAGAUGGUCAAAUUAUUGACAAAUUAUUAACAUGAUUCCACCUGCGUUUGGAGCUUAGAGGUAGCCCAGACUGGUGCAGACGUCCUCUCUGCCAGGGCUGUGUGCCCACCAAGAUGAGGCUGGACUUGGGAGGUACAGAUCUACACUAGCCAAGGAGACCAGCCAGUGCCUACAGCUAGGUAGAGGUGAGAGGGAGAGAGCACUGGUGGGGGAAAGGUGGUGGCACAAGUUUCUGGGCUCUUUACCUUUGGGGAGCAGCUGGGACCAAAAUAAGUGAGUCUUUUGCUGGUGAAUUUUCCCUUCUCCACCCAGGAGACAUACUACUUUGCUUUCUGGGGCCAAGGGCACGUCUGGGGUCCUGGGUCUGGGUCAGCAACCCUUGUUUCACACUUUUAUGGCCACAGGCUUGCUGACCUGACAUUUCCGCAGGUCCCCAGUGCACUUGCUGCACUGGGGACAUGUUGGAUGCCAUGCAUGGAGUAGCUUUGCAUAGCCCUGCUGCUGCCAGGAUGGCUGGGAAGAGAUGGGGUCAUGCCAGCAGAAUCCCAUAGGAUGGGGAACCAAAGCUUAAAUGGCCUCUGAGAGCAGUCAGUUCACCACCAUGCACUGCAGGGUUGUAGAUAGUGCAAUAGUGAGGUAUUCAGGGGUACCUACAUCCUAAAGCUCUCUGCCUCUCCCCAAGGUGAGCCUGCAUUCACCAAAGCUCCACAUGCCUCAGCUGUCUGGCUGCCUGCAGUAUCACUGCAUGGCAUCGAGUCUGGGGGCUGGCAGAGUGAUCUUAGGUGCAGCUUAGGACAGUGGUGCCAUGCAAAGCCCCCAGCAGAGGAGGCAUCUGCAGAGUGCUGUGACAGCUACCUAAAACAUGGGGAUAGGGGCAGGAGGAGAUGCCUCUCAUUUAAAAAUGUGUAUAACCUUUGCUUCAUAAAGAUAUAUUAAAUAAACACUAUAUAUUCUACAAGUCCCACAGCAGUGUGGCUUUAAAUUGUGGCCAAUGAAACGUAUUUUUUCAAAUAUAGAAGAAGUUGUAUUUUUUAUAGCAAUGCUUUGGGAGGAGGAAGACUUGGUUUUGUGUUUUUACCUUUGGUUUAAGUCUUAGUUUGUUUUCCCUGAGAGACCUGAUAGAAAUGAUUGUCUCGUCCUUGUCCUAGAAGAACCACCUUGACCUCCUAAAACUGGUGCAUGUGUAAAAGUAUAAUAUAGUUUUGGGUGCCUCCCUCACAGAACCUGGAGAAGGAUUAGCAUUUUUGCAACACUGUCUUACUUGCAGAAUAACAGAGAAAAAUAGACUAGAGAUAGCUAGAGAGAUAUCCUCCCAGUGAGGGACGUGGUCUGGUUGGAAGGCAUGACAUAUGUUCAUCUGCUCACCCAAAUCAGGCAGGUAACAUAUCCAUGGAGUUCAAUCCCAGUUGAAACUGAUUAUGUUUAUAUGCAGAAAGGCCAACUCUCCACAUUUUGGAUGUGUGUUUAUGGUAGUUAUGGAGAGAAGAGGGCUCAGUAAUGAACCCUGCUUUCCUGAACCAGUACUUUAUACCCCAUCUAUGCAGGAUGACAGUCUGCAAACUGGCAGCGUAUUUAGAGGAUGACUCAGACCAUGAGCUACCAAAGCAGUUAAACGCUUGUGAAGUUCUGAGCUGACUCCCUGUCUCAUUGGCGUUCAUGCUGAAAUGCUGUGUUUGUUCAGGACAUUAAUCGUGUGAAAGGUUUAUUGCAGGUGAAAAAGAAUGGAAUACGGUAUGAAAUGGGUUACCUCCACCAAACUAGCAUGCUAUUAUGAAAGAUAAAUUGAGCGACUUACCUUGUGAUAACUGGAUAUUAUCUUAAUUAAUCAUAUGCAAUGUCUUCUUUCUCUAGGAUUGCACAGCUUCUAAAAUAAUGAGUUAUAAAUACAUUGUUUUCUGCCAACUCCAGCACUCAGCAUGGUUAGCAGAGAUUACAAAUUAAUAAAUGGCUGAAGCUCUACCUGGUGGGGGAGAGUUCACUCUCUCUGCAAGUUGCAUUGGCUAAACCUCAGUGCUCACCAGAAUUAAAGUGGAGAAUUAAUGCAAAACUAGUUAGACAGGACUCUUGUGUACUCGCUAUGCAUUUUAAUCCUAAAUGAAAACCAUAAUAAUUGUGUUGCUUUUUUUGUUCCCCCAUGAAUAAUAUUUCCAGCUGACGGAUUUUGUUUUAUUUUAUUGCUUAUUUAAAGUCCAGCAUACUUUGUUUCCAUUCCUUUUCCACCCCCUGUGAUAAAUUAUGUGGUGGGGGCAUUUUCUCUCUCUUAUAGACUCCUUGGACUUAGAUUUUCCUAUAAAUGUGCAGGAAAAUUCAUUUUGGCCAAAUAGUAAGUGAAUGCAGCAGUGGAAACAGCCUUCAUUCUGGAGAUCUCAACAAGAACAGGGGUGUGUGCACAUAUGCACGUGGGUGGAAGAAAUCUAAGUCAAAAAAGACCCAAAAUUAGGAGCCUAACUUGCAGGGGAGGCUGGACACCCCUAAAAUUAUGCCAAAGCUGUGAAAGCUCAACAGUUACAGAAACCAGGCCAGACAUGGUGUAUGAUAUUUGGUGAAAGAAGGUAAUUGUCAUUCUAAUUUUAGUAAUUAGGCAAUUUAGAAUAUACUUGUAUGAUCUUUUGCCCCACUUGGUCUUCGAGCUCAUUGUAAUGCUAUAUGCUUAAGUCUCCUCAAUCUGUAUGUGAUUAAGUUGACCAAGUGCUCAAUUUCCAUCUUUCUACAUAUGCAAUUUUACACAAUCUUUGGGAGAAAUUAACCCUUGGAGGGUUAAUUUUUCUCCCAGCCAUCAGUCUCUUGCAGCAGUUUCUAAAUGCACAGUUUUGCUUUCACGUACAUUUAAACCCAGCAGCAAAAAAAGAAAAAAAGAAAAAUAAAAAAAAAGUGCUUGGCAUUCACUAGUGAUUCAAUGUGGCAGCGUUGCUUCAGGUAAUCUUGAUGCCUUUGUGCAAAACUUCAUUGCCAUGUUUGUACUGACUUGCUGAAAAACUAUUUCUGCUGGAAAAUACCCCCAGUGGUAUCCUCUGUAAAACUUACGGCUUCCACAACUCUAUUACUGUCGAAAUCUCUGCCUGCAGUGGAUGUCACGCUGCGUGUUUCUCUCAUUCAGGAGUGGUUUGCAUUGCCUGUUGUUUAUAUGGUUCUUAUUUCUGUAUCUGUUUUUUUUAAUCAGUCGUGCAUACCUUUAAAAUAACCCAACAAAACAAGAAAACAGCCCUUGAAAUAGAAGUCUUUCUGAACUAAAUUCGCACAGCAGCAGCCAGAUGUAUGUCAGUGAUACAAGAAUUUGCAAAGUCUUUGCUUUUUUCACUGUGGGAUUUAUGGCUAGAUUUCACACAAAGGAGUUAUGCUCAAAGACUUUGCAAAACAAAAUGUAUGUAAACGUCUAUUUUAUAUAAAAAGUAGAAAAGUGAA